AAAUGGUCUAAUAUCCAGAAGCUACUGCAGACGCUAACAGCCUCUUGUCGCCAUAUCAAUUCAUCUAUAGAUAAAGAGAGAGAGCUUUGGUUUCUGGAGAGAAAGCUUAAACCAAACCAACAACAAUGGCAACCUGUGGUACACCGCCUUCCUUGAUGCUAACUUAUGCCGCUUCUACUGUACACCCACAAGACCUCACUCCCUCUAUCCUCUCCUUUAAGUCCAAAACUUUUUCCUAUCCACCGGCUUUGGGUUCUGGUGGUGAGAGAAAAUCAAACAAGGGCCUCAAUUUGUAUACACAAAAAGAGGCAAAGUUUGGAACUUGCAGUGUGGUUGUAGCCGCUGCUUUGGCUGCAGAGUCAGAGGUGGCUGAGGAAUCGGAGGAGACAGAAGGAGGUGAUGCAGCCACGGCUACAGUUGCUCCACCGAAGCCUAAGAAAGGGAAGGCUGCAUUGCUCUUGAAGAGAGACAGGAUGAGGUCCAAGAGAUUCUUGGAAAUUCAAAAUUUGAGGGAAAACAAGCAAGAAUAUGACAUAAAGACUGCUGUAGCAUUGCUGAAGCAAAUGGCAAACUCAAAGUUCGUUGAAACAGCUGAAGCUCAUUUCCGUCUUAACAUUGAUCCCAAGUAUAAUGACCAACAGCUGAGAGCAACUGUAAAUCUGCCCAAGGGAACCGGGCAAACUGUUAAAGUGGCUGUGCUUACACAAGGUGAAAAGUUUGAUGAAGCCAAAAAUGCAGGAGCAGAUUUGGUUGGUGGGGAGGAUUUGAUAGAACAGAUAAAAGGAGGAUGCAUGAACUUUGACAAAUUAAUUGCCUCCCCAGACAUGAUGCCUAAGGUUGCCAGCUUAGGUAAGAUUUUGGGACCUCGGGGACUCAUGCCAAAUCCAAAAGCCGGUACUGUUUCGACUAAUAUACCACAGGCAAUAGCAGAGUUCAAGAAGGGAAAAGUUGAAUAUAGGGCAGAUAAAACUGGAAUUGUUCACUUACCUUUUGGAAAGGCCGACUUCUUAGAAGAAGACCUCUUAGUAAACUUGCUUGCUGCAAUAAGAUCAGUAGAAUCAAACAAGCCAUCAGGUGCAAAAGGAGUGUAUUGGAAAAGUGCACAUAUAUGCUCAUCAAUGGGGCCUUCAAUAAGGUUAAAUACAAGGGAAAUGCUUGAUUACAAGCUUCCAUUGAAUGUUUGAAUACAGUUAACAGCUGUAAAUGAUGUCUUAAAGCGUCUCCAGAACUCGCCAGCGUUGCAGUAAAAAUGGUAGGAUGAUUAGAGGUGACCACAGUUGUUUGUUCUGGAUAGAAGUUGACAUGCACACUGCAAAUCAUCCUCUACAGGGACACAGAAACAUGUACUGAGGAAUUCAGAAUUGGAUUGGCAAAUUCUUCAUGUGCUUGUUAGUACUGCUCAAACUUAUUAAAAUGAGUUUUCUGGCACAGCAGUUGGAUUCCCUGAUUGCUGGGUCAGGGUGGAAACUUUUUCUUUUUUUUUUUUUUUUUUUUUUUUUUUUUUUUUUAUAAAUGUGUGAACAGAUGUGUUUAGCUUUGUCCCUCUCUUAGAGGAUUCAUUGUUAGUACAGUAUGGGGACUUUGGACUGAAAUGCAGGAUCUCAAUUUCCAUUUGGUCUUUGAUUCAA